UAUUUUCAAUUAAAAUUUUUAUUUUCGAAAUCGUAAACUAGAUCUGGUAAGCGUUUCCUAAACGGUUACCGGUUCGAUAAAUUUGUUAUCGAUAAACAAAAAGUGUGUCCAUAUCAGCCGAAGAAGACAUCUCAAGAUUAAGAAUGGGAACUCCAGGCAAGAAAUUCAACAACCUGCCACCGUACUCCUCACGGGUGGGACAGUAUCCCUCGCAAUCCGUCGACUACAGAUCGCAGCAGUUUGGUGGCCACCAGCCACCCCAACAACCGAACUUCGGCUUCUACGAGGACACACAAGGCUCCACUAAACCGCAGAAUAAUGUCCCGCACUUCUACCAAAACAAAUCAGCGCAGGAGGCGCCCCAGAGGCACAGGCCAUACGGCCAGGGUCGUGGAUUCGGACGCGGCGGGAACUUCAACAGAAGAAACUUCCAAAACAGGGAGCAGAAUUAUAGAAACCAGAAGGGCAUGGGUGGAAAUCAAGGCGGAAGCGCCUUCUCGCAAUACUUUCAUCCCUCGAUGCUAGAGGACCCAUGGCAGGAGCUGAUGGAGCGACACCAGGCCAUUCACGGGCCCACCGUUGGCCAAUCCGCUACAGAUGAAGUAGAAGCCACAUAGUCUGCGAGAGAAUCCUCGCUAGGUUGAUUGUACAUUUAAGCAAUAGGAUCCAAUAAAUACACAUUACAAUUAA